ACGAGAACAACGAGAACAACGAGAACAACGAGAACAACGAGAACAACGAGAACAACGAGAACAACGAGAACAACGAGGACGACGAGGCCAACGAGGACGACGAGGCCAACGAGGACGACAAAAACUUCUAUCAUCACGAAAAUAAUGGGCAUAUGGUGUCGAACCCCGCCGAGAUCGAAAGGCAGAAAAGGCAACUCGAGAACAAAACUAGCAUUAUUGAAUCACUUGGGCGGAAGCUACGAGGUUUCAAAUUCGACCGCCAGCGCAGGAAGAAUACGCCUCAGCAGCCCUCAUCGACGCCGUCUGGCGCGCACCAGCGCGGCGACAGGUUCAAGGGCACACCUUCCACUGCGGCCAUUUACCCCGUCUUUGGCUUGCAUCUGUCUCAUCUCUACGAGCGCGACGGCUUGGCCGUGCCCACCGUCGUCGAGGAGUGUAUCCUUACUGUCACUAUCCGUGGCCCCGACGUAGAGGGUAUCUACCGCCAGCCGGGCUCCACGGCGGAUAUCCAGAAGCUACGUAAUAUGUAUAACCAGAGGAAGCAGACCCCGGCUUUUCUCUUCCAGGAGCUAGAUGAUAUCUUUCAGGACAUUCAUAGCGCCGCGGGCCUAUUGAAGCAGUUCUUCAGCGACCCGCCCGACCCCUUGUUCACCUCGGAGAACCACGACAGUCUCCUAGCGGCUGCUCAGCACGACAGCGAGACGCAGCGCAGGGAUUCUAUCCACGCUAUUAUUAAUUCGCUACCAGACCCUAAAUACGCCACACUUCGCGCCCUAUGUCUGCACCUAUCACGCGUGGUCGAGAACGCGCACAUUAACCACAUGAGCUCGCAUCACCUCGCCGUUAUCUUUGGCCCGACCCUCAUGGGAUCCAAUCUCGCCAAGACCAUUCGGGACGCUGGUUGCCAGGUCCAGGUGGUAGACACGAUACUGCGGAACACGUACUCCAUUUUCGAAGAGGAUUAA